GAAACUAAUGUAAUGUCCAUUAAUGAAAACUUUACGUAAUGUGUAAUUAGAAAAGAAUGUGAUAGUGUGAUGAUAAUGAUAAAUGAUGUCAUUAUCGUAAAUGACAAUUAAGUGCAGCAGCAACAGACAGUAAAUGAGUGAAUGUGGUGUUUAUAAGAACAUGGCUGUUGUUGAAUGGCUUUGGUUUUGUUUAUUGUUUUAAUUUGUGAUGUCAGUUUACUAAAAGCAGAAAGAUGAGCGAGUGGCAAACCGUUCCUGAAAAUAGAUGCUAUGGAAUAAUCAUCUACAAUUUUGCAUCUGAAGACCGUUACAAAUUAAGUUUAAAUGUUGGAGAGUCAGUCCAUUUAUUAAACGAAGAAGAAAAUUGGUAUUAUGGGUAUGCACUGUCAAAUAGGAAUGCCAAAGGGAUAUUUCCAAAAAAUUUUGUACAUUUAGUGGAUUGUACAAUAGACAGAACAGGUCCAACUUUAGUAUUCAUUCCUCAAUAUCCAGCAAUAGUGAAUGAAAUUACUACAACCCUGAGAGAAUGGAUGCCCCACUGGAAGUACCUUUUUGUGAUAAACAGCCAGGAUUUUGAACAGAUCAAAACUCAAAUGUAUGAUUUAAUAACGCACAGGGGUAAAAUAAUAAGUAGUACCCUGCCUAUAGAUGAAUUAAAAAAGUUAACAAAACAAGUGACAACAGAAAUUGAUAUAGGCAAUAAAAUAUUAGGUUUAGAUAUGAUAGUUAGGGAUAAGGAUGGAUAUAUUAUUAAUCCAGAAGGAACCAGUACUCUGCAGUUAUACUUUCUGCACAAAAAUGCUGCAGAAAAUAUUAGAGAUACAAGAGAAAAGACUGAAACUCGUACAAGUCCCGUGAAAACGGCCCUUCAACAGUAUUCGCAUAUAUUUGUAGUUUCUGUAAAGCAUUUCACAUGUAAAAUGACUGAAGACGCCCAGUUACUCAUGACCCUGUAUGACGCAAAAGAGUGCAAACCCAUCACAGAAUAUUACAUAGUCAGAUGGUCAAAAGACGGCCUGAUGAGUGACAUUGACCAAAUUCACAAUUUAAGGGUCAUGUUUACCGAUUUGGGCAAACGUGAUUUGGAAAGGGAACGAAUUUAUCUAGUCUGUUAUGUUGUAAGGGUAGGUGCAAUGGUUAUAAAAGAACCAGAUCAUAGGCGAAGCUCUUCAAACCCUGUGAUCCUAAAAGAUGGCACAAACAGGAGUAUAAGGAGACCUUUUGGGGUCGCAGCCAAAGAUAUAACCAUGUUUUUAAGCAAAUCAGACGAGUUGGAUCUAGAUCGUGAAUUUUCGGUUCCAUUUUACAAUUGCGAAAAGGACAAUUUGGAACAGACUCUUAAGAAGAUAACAAACAAGGAUUAUAUUAAAAAUGAUAACAAAACUCCUGCCCUUAUUGUCUCCUUCAUGCUUUUGCAUGGCGAUAUAAAUCAAGUGAGGGAAGAAAACCCCCAUUUGAUGUUAGGCGGAGUUCCGAUAGCUCGUAAAAUGGGGUUUCCCGAAGUAAUUUUACCAGGUGACGUUCGAAACGAUCUUUAUCUCACUCUGAUAAACGGAGAAUUCAGUAAAUAUAACAAAGCGAGCGAUAAAAAUGUAGAAGUCACUGUAACAGUUUGUAAUGAGAAUGGCGAAUGCAUACCGGGUGUUAUAUCUGCCGGUAGCGGAAUUCCGCUUCUGAACGACUACAAAUCUGUCGUUUACUAUCACGAAGACAAACCGCAAUGGUAUGAGACAUUCAAGGUUUCGAUUCCGAUCGAAGAAUUCCGAAGCAGUCAUCUCAAGUUCAUGUUCAAACAUCGGUCAUCUAACGAGGCGAAAGACAAGUGCGAAAAGCCGUUUGGAUUAGCGUACGUUAGACUCAUGCAAGAAAACGGGACGACGCUAAAAGACCAGAAACAUAAUUUGAUUGUUUACAAGAUUGAUCACAAAAAGUUUGUUGAGAAUGGUACCGAGUAUUUUAAAUUACCAUCAACCGUGGAUGAGUUGGAAAACGGGGCGAAACCUCAAGUGCCAGGGCUUAGUGUCAGUACCAAAGACAGUUUUGUUAUUGGUAGUAAUAUUUGUUCUACAAAGUUGACCCAAAAUGUCAAUUUGCUCGGUUUGUUAAACUGGGCUAAUCACAAGGAUACCUUGGCAGAAUCCUUAUCAGCUUUAAUGUAUGUGGACGGUGAAGAAGUGGUCAAAUUUUUACAAGACGUCCUGGACGCUCUGUUUAACAUAUUGAUGGAUAAUCCAGACAGUAAAGAGUAUGAUGCCAUGGUCUUUGAAUGUCUAUUGUUCAUAAUUGGUUUAGUAAGCAAUGAUUGGAAAUAUCAACACUUUGAACCAGUUCUUGACUUAUACAUCAAGAAUAGCUUCAGCGCCACGUUGGCUUACAGCAAAUUAUUGGCCGUGAUGCGAGAUCUUGUGGACAACGCUAUCACUAUUGUAACUAAUGCUAAAGAAAACAAUCUGUUUCGGACGAUGAAAUAUUUGCAGUUUAUAAUACGGUUUAUAUCAAGGUCUCGACUGCUUUUUUUGGAAAUUUAUCCAGAAGACACUGACGAUUUCGAAGAAGAAUUCAGGGGACUACUCGAAAGUAUUGUUACGAUGAUGUAUCAAACAUCAGACGCCCUGUUGCGUGAGCAGGGAGCCUGUCUCAAAUAUUUCCCAAGCACCAUCCCAGAUAUAUUGCAAGUCUACAACGCUAAGAAAUUAAGUAUCGUCUUGUGUGAAAUGCUGAAGAACAUUGCGCCUAAUCGUUUGACUAAGCAGAAAAUGAUGACUAUCAAUGAAAUAGUGCAUAGCAAGCUGUUUGAGAUUGAGGAGUGUCGUAGGAUACUACUUCCGCUUUUCCUAAAGCAGGUGAAAACGCUCUUCGAAACGUGUGAAGAGGGUAUUGCGACGAUGCGUCAGGAAGGUCGGAGACAGUACCGUUCGGUGGCCAAGGUGGCUCGUGUCUUGGGAGCUACCCAACAUUGUCUCAACCAGCACCGGGGAUACUCUGAAGAGGUGGAGUUAUGCAUCAAAAUUUUAAGCGAUGUUCUGGAUCUACUUUAUCGGGGGGACGUGGGUGACACAGCUUACGAUGUGAACGAAAUAAUAACUACAAUGUUACGUACAAUUAUACAGAGUCAUAUCAACAUGAACAAAGAAAGCCCAUAUGCGGGUAAUUUGGUUGCAAUAAUGAUCGAUAUAUUUCGCAAAAUGACCGAAAAACAUUACGAAAACUAUAUCAGUCUGUUUGGAACUCGUACCGAUAUCCUAGACUUUUUGAUGGAAAUCCUGUUAGUGUUUAAAGAACUGGUGAAUAAGUCUGUCUUCCCUCAGGACUGGUGCGACAUGAUCAUGCUCCAGAACUUUGUCAUACUUAAAUCACUGCGAUUCUUCUCUCAUACCAUCCACGCUUGUUUCUUCCAUAAAUUUGAUAACCAAGCCUGGAGUAACUUUUUUCAUUGUGCUAUCGCAUUCAUGACUCAGCCAGCAUUGCAAUUGGAAACAUUUUCGACCAACAAAAGGGUACGCAUGAUAAAACGGUACAAAGAUAUGCGGAGGGAGAUGGGCGCUGAAAUCAGGUCCAUGUGGUUUAAUCUUGGUCAGUAUAAAAUUCAGUUCGUACCUAGUUUGGUCGGUUCAGUUUUGGAAAUGGCGCUGAUUCCGGAACCAGAAUUGCGCAAAGUCACGAUCCCAAUUUUUUUCGACAUGAUGCAAACGGAGUUCUAUUCGUCUCGCUUUGAAUUCGAAAGUUUUGGGGAUACAAAACGGGAUUCUUCGCACGUUAAAGGGAACUUUUUGGAUUUCGAAAAUGAAAUGGUCGCGAAACUUGACACCUUGGUCGAAGGGGGUCGCGGUGAUGAACAGUUCAAAGAUCUUUUCCACGAUAUUAUGAUGAGUUUGUGUAGCCAGCACAAGACCCUGAAAGACGAUGGGAUUAAGUUCGUGAAGAUGGUCACCAUGUUGAUGGAGAGACUUCUAGAGUACAGGUGCAUUAUUAACGACGAAAAUAAAGAAAACAGGAUGAGCUGUACGGUUAAUCUACUGGAUUUCUAUUCGGAAAUAAACCGAAAAGAGAUGUACAUCCGGUAUGUGAAUAAAUUGUGCGAUCUGCACCUGGAAUGUGACAAUUUUACAGAAGCUGCUUAUACUUUAGAAUUGCAUAGUAAUUUAUUGAAUUGGUCUGAUGAAAUUUUGCCACCACUUCUAAAGAGUAACAGAUAUUUGGAGUCGCAAACACACAGGCAACUGAAGGAAGCUAUCUACUACGAAAUUAUCAAUUAUUUCGACAAGGGAAAGAUGUGGGAGUGCGCUAUUCAGAAGUGUCAGGAGCUUGCAAAACAAUACGAAGACGAAACGUUCGAUUACGAACAACUGGCAGAAUUGCACAAACGCAUGGCUUCGUUUUACGAAGACAUUAUGAGGAAUGUGAGGGCGGAAUCGGAAUAUUUUAGAGUGGCUUAUUACGGCCGGGGNCUCGCCAGUGUGUUAGUGCCCAUAUCGAAAACGCCGAAGGAGAAACGUAGAUCGAGCAAGUCGGACCACUCGGAGAAGACGUACUCUAACACACAAUGGUACACUGUCGAAGAUGAGAAUGCAACCCAAAAUGGUACUGUGGUACCGCUAGUCGAACUGAGACAGGAGAUAGACAUUCAAAUAAACAAAGUGGAUCCCGUAAUGGACGAGAAGAGGCAGCGGUUUUCAGGGAAACCCGUCGCAGAUCAAAUUAUAAAGUAUUACAGGGUUAAUAACGUGCAAAAGUUCCGUUAUUCCCGCCCAUUAACCAGGAAAGAUCCCGGUAACGAAAGCAAUAACGAAUUUGCUAAUUUGUGGAUCGAAAGGACCGUUUUGGUCACCACAUAUCCUCUGCCCGGUAUCCUCAGGUGGUUCCCUGUCAAGUCUUCCAAUACUUACGAAAUGUCCCCGUUGUGUCACGCUAUCGAAACGAUGGAGGAAAAGAACAAGGAGCUGAGGACUCUAAUAACGCUCUACAGUCGAGACAAAGUGGCCCCCAUUAACAAUUUGGGCAUGAAGUUAAACGGAAUUGUUGAUCCUGCUGUAAUGGGAGGUGUGAUGAAUUAUGAAAUGGCCUUUUUCACCCCUGAAUACGCUCUCUCGCAUCCCAAUGACUGUUUCCUCAUUCAAAGACUAAAAGACCUUAUAGCAGAUCAGAUACCUCUCUUAGAACUCGGUAUCCAAGUGCACAGAGAUAGGGCUCCGAGUUCGUUGCAACCCUUUCAGAGACAUCUCGAAGAAUGCUUCGCAAAAAUGCAAGAAAGUGUCGUCAAAAAAUAUGGAAAAAAGGUGAGAAACUUACAUCAUUUUUUUGUACAUAUGCAUUUCAGAAAGUAUCAGAACCAUCUAGCAAGUGCUAAAAGUUUGCUGUCGCCCUCCAAAAGCUUAACCAACACACCGUCAUUAACCCAUAAAAUUAGCAGAUCGAAAACGCCGAAGGAGAAACGUAGAUCGAGCAAGUCGGACCACUCGGAGAAGACGUACUCUAACACACAAUGGUACACUGUCGAAGAUGAGAAUGCAACCCAAAAUGGUACUGUGGUACCGCUAGUCGAACUGAGACAGGAGCUGACUCCAAAGAGACCUUUGAGAUCGGAAGUUGAAAGAGAGAAACGGUUGAGUAGACCAACGAGCGGUCAGUUUUCACGUCCAUCCAGCUUGACAAUAACGUUGACGACUUGUAGCAGUUCUGGUAAUAGCAGCAACAGAGAUUCUAUUGGAACAACAGAUUCUAGCGUGAGCGAAGAAGACCCCGUUCCACCACCGCUGCCGGCUAAAGUUAAAGAGGUGGAUUAUUAUAAUAUUUCCAACAACAACAACAUCAACAAUAAUAAUUACAAUAGCUCUGCUUCCGAAAACAUUAGUUUUUUAUAUAACUAUCGUAACUCGUUGAGAACGGUCAUGAACCAUACAAUCCUUUCACCUGAUCCUAUCGAUGACGGUCCACCCCCGACGCCGCCCCCGAAACCUCCCAAAACCAAGACCAUCACAUAGCAAGAUAAAAAAAUGUAAGAGUUUCAUUCGUUACUUUUAUAUUUCAUCAAAAUUGUCGUGUUUUUUCUUUUUGUGGAUUGAUUUUCAUUUCUUACAACAUUGAUAAUAAAAUUGUCUCAUUGAUAAUAAAAGUUAAGCGGUGGAGCAAUAAAAACUAAUUUAAUUAAGGGAAUGCCUAUUAGAUGCAACGUUAAAGAUCGUGGGUAAUCUGUUCCUAUGAUCGUAGACCACAAAUAUUAUAAGAUCUAAACUUCAGGGAUAGUUUAUCCAUGUUUAUCCAGUCAUGGCCUUUUUAUGUUUUUAUUUAACGAAAGUUGAAAUGCACUCUUUAAUUCACUUAAAUUAUAAUUAUUUUUAAAUUCUUUUGUAAUAUUCUUAACUUUGAAUUUUACCUAUAUAAAUAACUUUGAGACAUUAUGAGAUAUGAAAUAAGUUCCUUUAUCAUUUUUUUGUCUUUUUCUUGUUUGUGUUUUUCAUGGUUGUCUUACAUUUUUUUGUUUUAUUUUUUUGGAGUAUGUAUGUUUUCCCUUCGUUUAGUUGCAAUAUUUGUAACGUGACUCACUCGUUGAUAUUAUCACAUAUCCAGGUGCUGAUAUUGAGUAAAUGUUU